CCUGGCACGUCCUUAAAUGACCCUGGCUGUUAAUAGGACGUUAAACAAAAACAAAACAAAGUAUGUGGUCAGGUGGUACAAUGGUAACACACUUGUCUUUUCAAUGAGACUAGUUUUCUCCUACUGGCCACAAUAAGAGUCCUCACAUGUUUCCAACAAGGGCUGUUGAUAUAACUAGUAACGGUAUAUAACUGUAAUAACACUUGUUUCAUGAUUGUUGUAAAAUAGAACAAGUUGAUAUUAUAUCAUAGAGGAUACAAAGAGGAUGUUGUUCAUAUGAAGAGUAGUUUGUAAUUUUAUAAGUUGAAAUGAAAUGAAACAUUUCGAACUGUGUAUCUUUAUAAUGUAAAGCAUUUAAUAUUAUGUUUACUUUUCUGUCAGGGAAUGUUUUUGCCAUUGAGACAAAGCAGGAAAAAGAAAGGAACGAAGUUGAAGAAAACAACUCCAUAUGCUAUCAAAAGUAUUCGUAACGUUAGGAUUAACGCAGAUGAAUUUUCUAUGAAUGAACAACUUGACAGAGAAGCAGAAUUGGAAACUUAUCAAGAACAUUCUGUUGUUCUGAAAAUUCAGCAAGAAAUAUUGGGGAUGACACUUGAACAAACACGACAAGCACUGAUACAGAUGCUGGAAGAUGACCCCUUCCAUGUGGAGUCCUAUGUAAAACCUGACCACGCCCCCUACCACCGGGUCCAGAUAGACACGCCCCCUAAAUGGUGCACCUGUACUCAGUGUGUGGAGAUGGACAAUAGCCUGAUGCGGAUGUGUUGUGGCCAGACUCCCUGUCUCACUUUUCACCCGACGUUCCGCAGUGUGUGUCUCAGGCCAGACCAUCUCCUCAUGGGCCUUCUAGACAUUGGGUUACCAACCGAAAACUUUACAGAACUUGGUAAUAUCUCCAAUGCCCAGUACAGACGCCAAGCCUAUCGCUGCUUUAUCCUAUGGCAGUGGAAUAACCUUGGGAAAGGUGACAUAGAAGUACCGAAACCCCCCAGCUGUGUGGUGGCUAGAAUAAGGUGGCGCUACCCUUCCAUAGAUAACCAUCUUAGUGAUGCAUUCUCUCCCGAAAGUGACUUUGAAGAAGGCAACAAGUGAAUUAUCGAGUAUUGCUGUCUCCAGAUAUUUCAGUGGUACUGUGACAUCUUGUCUUCUUGUGUGAUUUAGACUGCUACAGUUCAGACAUGCAUUAAAUGUUUUUGUCCUGGUACAUGUCAGUUUAAAAUUGAAAACUUGUGUGGUAUUGUACAAAGAUCAAGAUUACAGUUGAUAUAGAAGUAACUACAAGGGUGAAAUCACUGUUGUAAAUGGUUGCUUAUUGUGUUGAGUAUAGAAUUGUAGAUCUUUGUUGAUUUUGUUUUGGACAAUAGUUUUUUGUGGUGUCUACUGACUAAAGAAUAGUUUUUUGUGGUGUCUACCGACCAAAAGAAUCUGAUUUAUUAUAUACGAUCCUCUGACCAAAUGUCAUUUUAAGCAGGUGGAUUUUGUCCAAAUAUCUUAUCAAUUAAUUAUAAUUUAUUAGACCCAAUCCUCCAAAAGUAAGUGCCAAAAAAAACCAAAAAAAAAUGAGAUAUAAAUUUUGAA